AUUUAAUUAAACAAUUAGAAUUUGGGCCAAAGUUUAAUAUGUCUGUGCUGAAAUCUUUAGAAAGUCUUGAUGGUAUGUUGUUAAUCUUAUUGGAAAGCUUUCUUGGUUCUUUAUGUAUAUUUUGGAUUCAAUUCAUUUUAACAUACACUUUCUAUCUGUGUCAAUAGGGUUUUCAUCAGCUGUGAAAGCCAUCAAUCAAGUUCCACAAGACCUUCUUUUUGAAAUGGUAUAAAAUCAUAUUUUGGAUUCUUGCACUUCACUUGGUGGAGUUAAUAUUAGAAUGUUAGGGUUUGUAAUCCAAGUGAGAAUGUAUACAUUUUAAGACCUAACCAGGAACGACUGCGAAAAAUGCUCAAUGGUUUAAUUCAGUAGGUUCAAUUCCUACCAGAGGACCUUGUGCUGCAUUUUUCACAGUCAUAACCUGGUUAGGUCUUAAAAUGUAUAUAUUCUCACUUGGAUUACAAACCCUAUCAUUCUAAUAUUAAUUCCACCAAGUGAAGUGCAAGAAAUAUCCAAAUCAUUGAAGUCCACCUAUAAUUAUCACAACCCGCACACCCGAUUACCUAUAUAUACGUGAACAUACGGUUACAGCUUAACAGCUGGCCUCUGUAGCUCGGUUGGUUAGAGCGCUGCACCGGAAUCGCCGGGCCGUAGGUUCAAUUCCUACCAGAGGACCUUGUGCUGCAUUUUUUGCAGUCGUUCCUGGUUAGGUCUUAAAAUGUAUAUAUUCUCACUUGGAUUACAAACCCAAACAUUCUAAUAUAAAAUCAUAUUUACCUGCAAAAUACUAUAAAUAGUUUAUGAAAUUAUGCCUAUUGUUAAUGUUAAAUACACAACCCCAUCCCCUCUAAAACAAUAGUAAAAUUAUCUGGCAUUAGACAGAGUCACAGAGUAAUAAAAUUGGGAAGGUUCUUCAACUAUUUAAGGCCCAGGUUGGAAUCUGUCAAAAUUUUACGCUGGAGGUUGUGCCAAGUGGACACCGACUAAUUACGCCACAUCCAGAAAUAUAUUUUCAAUGAAAACGGAAAUGGCCGCAUAAUAUUGAUCACCUAACCAGUUGGCAGUGAAGAACUUAAAUCCAAGUCAGUUGAAGAGUACCAUUUCAAAUAGAUAUUCAAAGAGUUCAAGACCUUUAUACCUCAAGAUGUAUAAAUAAAUAAUUUGGUAUUACAGCGUUUUACACCCCGCCGAUGAUCAGGUGAUCAUUCAUUUGCUCUGCACGCCCGCCAAUGUAGUAAAAUAUCAAUAACAUUUUACACCGGAGAUAUCCAGCGUAACACCUAUGGAUUCCAACCUGGUUUAAGGCCUGUUCAUACAGCAUGUGGCCGACUGGCCAUCCACUUACUUCAGACCUAUUUUACUAUUAAAUAACAAUUUGCAUUGUAUUCCUAUGAGAAAGCAGGCUACUGGGCCUCAUCUUGGUAAUGGUUGAGUAAGCUGACACCAUAUGUACAUGUAGGUACAUGCAUGUAGCCAGACUGCAUUUUCUGCACCGCAUGCGGAAGAACUUCCGCACAUAUUUUUGAUGCUUUCUAUAUAUUUACUAUUAAAUUUUCGAGAUCUCCGGCGCACAAUUUCCAAACUUUCCAGUCUGGCCAGGCAGGAUGAAAAAUUGUCCAAUGAUCUUGCAUGAACCCAAGGGGCCAUCAUCAUGGCAGAAAUCUUGUACACUUGAUUCAGAAAUUAGGUUUAGGAAUCAAGAAAUCAACUUGAAAUAAACUGAAAAUCAGACUAUUUCAAAAUCAGAAAUCAUGCACAAAAGUGCCAGCAAUGAAUUAGACUUGAAUAUUGGGAAAUUGGAAAGAACGACAUAUUGCAUCCAUUUUUGCAUUUUUAUGACAGCACUCUAAUUUCACAGUUUUCAUGAUAUUCCAAUUUCAAAUUGCUCCUGAGUUGGAGUGAAUACAUUUAUAAAUAUUAAAAUAUACAAACAUUGCUGUAACUAAUAUAUUCAGGUAAUCUUGAAAUCAUGUACAAUACAGAAAUCAGGAUUUCAGCUGAAAUCUUGUAAUUGCUCUGGACGGCUGUGGUGAACCCCUUGUAUUGAACACCCAAAUUUCUCCCAUUCAUGAGCCUGUGACACAGGCUAACUGAAUUUUGGAUUUUUCUGUUUAUAAAUUAUUUUUACAGUACUUAUUAUAAAUAAAUAUAGUUUUGUUUUGUAUAUCCACCUGGAUAAAUUCCUGCCCUCGUUACCUUGUACUAGUGAAGUGUCUAGCUCCCAGCUUCCCUUCAUGCAGUUUGGUGAAUCUAAUUAAAUAAUGGAACAUGUCUUUACUGUUAUUGUCAGUUACAGUACUGUAUAGUAAUUCAAUAUUUGUUUUAAUUUCCAGUGCGAAGAUGUUGCAUCAAUGCUACAAUAUAAAACCAGUUUUAUACCGUUGGAUCACUACAAAAUGGUUAGUCAACUUAACCCAUAAAAUUAAGUCACAGGUACAUCCUAUAUACAGCAAUUCUUAUUGGCCAAUAAUAAUCCAACUCAUCGGGAUGAGUAACGGAUAACCCCUGAUGCAAGUUGUCAGUAACCUGGCAAAUAAAGAGUGAGGCCAUGCAUGCACUUGAAAACUAAUUGGAAAAAUGUUCAACAGUCUUACUUCUCCAAAUAAUAGAGAGGUUCCGAUUUGACUUCCACCAUAUAUCAAACACAUCUGAUUGGAUAAUGGUCCCUAAAUCGUAAAAUCUGAAGUCUGAACCUGUCUAUUAAUUUCAACUAUUGCAGAUACUAUACUGCUGUCUUACAUGCCCCUGACAUGCAGAUGGCUUGAUGUACAGUACAGUGUUAUUUAUUCACAAAAUUGUUUUAAUUUAUGUUAUUUAAUUACUCCGGGGAAAAUUUCCCCUUUGCCCCCCCCCCCUCUGUGCAGCCCUGGACUCGCAUGAACCCAGGUAUACAUACUGUACCCUGAGCUGGUGACUUGAUGUUUUACUCAGGUACCGUACUGUAUGUACAUAUAAUUAUACACUGUAGCCAGCUCAGGUUUUGUUUGCUUCAGAAUAAGGUGAUGCCUCCUGUUUAUUUAAUUAGACAAACUACCUAUAAGCCAAUUCAAAGGACUUCGGGAUAAAUUGCAGUUGAACUAUAAGUCGAAGCCGGGACUGGGAGAAACAGAAUAUGCAAAUAUGUUCAAUCAUCUGAAUAUGCAAAAAUGUGCUAAAAAACAAUUAGUUUCCUCAAGCUAAUUUACUCGCCUUAAAUUUGAAAAUAUAAUCCUUAACAUACCUUUCUUUAUUGUGCAUUUUGCUUUACACAGAAUGACAAAAUAUUCUAGUAAUAAAGUUGCAUGGUAUUUAAUGACAGUCUUAUUGUAGCUCUGAAAAAGUGAAACACAAAUAAUGAUUCAACAAUUUAAUACAUACUUUGACAUGCAUACACUUAUCAGGGUGUCCAUGGGUCUUGAAAAUCCUGGAAAGUCCUUGAAUAUUGGAAAAAACUAAUUCCAGGACAGGAAAGUCCUUGAAAAUCAGUGCUCAGAAGUCCUUGAAAGUACUGGAAUUAAUUUCCUUAACCUCUAUAGCUGUGCCAACAUUAGUGAUUUUGAUUAAAGUUACUGAAUAAAGUGAAUUAAUUAUUUACAGCGAAUCCAUGCCAUUUUCAAAGAUUUUUCCCAGUUCUAGGUCCUUGAAUUCACUGAAAAAGGACCUUGAAAGUCCUGGAAAAGUCCUUGAAUUUCACCUUCACCAAAGGGUGGACACCCUGACUUAUAAUUUAUAUUUAAUGCUUCCGGUCUCCGUGCUACAUUCAGGGGCGCACAUUCAACAAAUUGCUGGGGUUGGAGGGUUCAGACGAUCUGGGACCGACUAUCUUGUACUCUACAACCAGUGGCAGCGGAGCAGGGUUUAUUUUCGGGAGGAAUUAGUUCCAGCUGAGUUGGGAACUAUUAAGUUAAAAUUUUCAGCCAAGGAAAAAUUUGCAAAAAUGAGGCUCGGAAAUGCCAUUUCUUGCACUUUCCGGCACUGGGUUGAAGAAUUUCGAUGAAAAAAUGCUCCUGUCUACACCAGACAAUUGUGGCUUGUGGGUAAAACAACUCUCAUAGCAGAAGUUCGGGACCGACUUUUGUCUCAGGCAAAACUGGGAAGUGACUCCCCCUGGCUACAAUCCCUGCUACAUUUUAUGAUUCAACUGCAAUUUAUCCCGAUGAAGAACACAUCAUUUGGAUGCGCAGUCGAUACUCUGAAUUGGCUUAAUGCGCAUGCUGAUUCCCAGCUAUUGUCCGAAUCUCACACAAUUAUACUACGUUAUAGUGUUUAAGUCACACAUGUUCGGACAGCGAUAUUGAUCCAAAACUCGUGGUGAAUGGUCUAACUCACGUGUUUAGGUAGAGUACGGUAUGACUUUGUUACAUUUGUUUGACUGUAGUGUAGAUUAUAAGUGUAUGAGCAACAAAAUUUAAAUUUGUUCAUUUUGUUGAAAGAACUUCCUAACUGGGUAAAAUUUUUGACCGUCCACAUUAAGUAAAAACUUCAUAUUUUUGUAUGCCAGAUUAGUGGAUUUAUCUUUCCAAAUUUAUCUUUCUAGAAUAUAAAGUAUAAUGUAAUAUUGUGCACAAAAUUAUGCAUCUAUAGGGAUUGAAAAAUAUAUUUUCAGGUCAGCUGCUACGGGAAAAGUAACGGCGGAAUCACUGUACAAUGAACUUAAAUCCAACGGAACUUUAAAAGAGGACGUUUUGACCACCCUGAAACGUGUUUGGAGUGAACAGGUACAGUAUAUGUGACUAAUAUGAAACGUGAUGAAUGAAAGCAUGUGUACAGUGCUGUAGUUUUUAUAUUGUCGUCACAUUAGGCAUAAAGUACAAAUAGUUCCUGAAAAUCAUAUCGUAUCGCCAAUGUUACUGCAUGUACAUUAAUUUUGUUUUGUUUUCCAUUGUGGACAGUAUUUGCAGUUCAAAUUCAUGUUUCAAUUCAUAUUGGGACGGAUAUUAGCAUCAUUGUUUUUCUACUGUACGCGAAUGUUAAUGAGCCUUCUUGGAUUCGUUCAAUUUCAGUCAAGAAGAUCCUAUCUUAAAAUCCUAUCUUGAACACACUGAACCGUUAUUUCACAAGUUGAAGAUCUUAAAUAUUUUUAAGAUCAAUGAUUGCUUAAGUUGCUUAUUCAUGUACCGUAUUAAUUACUUCCAAAAUUUACCUGAAUUUUUUAAUAAUUACUUCACGCGGAAUAGUGAAAUACAUCGUUAUAAUACUCGAAAUGCAAACAAAGUUCACGUUAACUAUAGAACAAAUUUCACGUUAACUAUGCCAAACAUACCGUUAUUAACAAGGGAAUUGAAAUAUGGAAUUCCCUUGAUGAAAAGAUUAGCAAUAUUAGGUCUUAUUUUACUUUUAAAAUAAAAUCAAAGAUAUUCUUUUUGGAAUAUAUUUGAUUGUCAUCAAACAAGUCAUAAUGUUUGUAUAUACGCAUCAGAAAACACAAAGCCUUCAUUCUUGUAUAUAGAAAAAUAAUUUUUAGUUAAAUUAAACUUUUCUUCUUCUUAAUACUUAGUUAUGUAAUAAUCAUUACUUGUAAAUAUUCUGUUCGACUCUCAAAAAUUAUUCUUAUGAACAUUGUAAAACUAGGGACCUCUUACCAAAAAGCCUGAAAGGGUUUCAUUAAGGUCCCUAGCCCUUCACGUUGUUAUUAUAGCACUGUAAUUAUGUAAACUUUUUAUUGGGCAAAAUAAAUAAAAAAAAAAUAAUAAUAAUAAGACGAGGCCAAGAAGGCUUUAAAACUUAAAAGAUGCACGUGAAAGAACACUUUUAAUUUGCGUCUAUUGUGAAAGUGGUCUAGGUCGUAUUAAAACCCUUUAACUCGGUGCUUCUUCAUUCAAUGACACAUGUACAGUGUAAAUGUAAUUAUAGCUAUUGAAUCGUGAGAGAGGAAUAUUUUUUUCAAUCUUUAUUUAGGGUCAUUUAGUUUCGAACUCGAAUUUAGAUCAAAGCUUUACUGUCGGUCAGGUAAGAAGCGUUAUCUCUGCCCAUUGUCUAACAACAUUCAACGCAAACUUUAUCUUGACAUUAUAAUCUUGAACAGUCUGUGCCAGUGUACAGUAGGUAGUGUGCCCUUAAUAAGAAAACUUCGGAUUUAUAGGGAUGCAACUACCUGAAAAAUACAAGGAGAACUUUCGAGCGAAGGCUCUGCGUCGGGGAGUUACUUUCAGAUAGUUGCAUCCCUAUCAAUAAGAACUUUUCUUUUGUCUUGAUAAACAAGUAUAUCAGCGGGUUUUAACAAUAUUCGUAUAUAAAGUUAGUUGAAGGAUGCAAUCUGAUUGUAUUCUUAAACCAAGUUCUUCCAUUCUGUACUAGCUUGCGAACAGUCUCUCAAGGUGAAUUGAGAGCCUGCACUGAUGGCAUACAACUUUGAAUAUCUGCGUCUCGAAUCGGGACGCGAAAUUCUCAUUGGUCAGAUGCUAUAAUUUAUACGUUUCCGCUGAGCUCUAUAUAUGUCAACUGCUGAAGCACUAUGCAUAAAAAACACAUUAACUGAUCAAAUUUGUCUUGGCCAUCUUAUCUCAAAGCACGAAAUGUUCUGUUUUGAGAAACUGUUUUGUUUUAAACUUUUGCUUGAAUAUCUUAUAUUUCGAAAAACAGUAUAAACUGUACGGUCUAAAUUUAGUUUGUACGGUCUAAAUUUAGUUUGCACGAAACUUGUACAUAACACCAUAUAAUGAUAGACAUUCCAUAUUUGGAAAAACGAACGUUACGGGGCAGAUAUUCAAAAUUGUAUAUCAUCAGUGCAGGCUCUCAAUUCACCUUGAGAGCCUGUUCUCAGGCUAAUUCUGUACUUCAUUGCAUGUAUUUGUAUGAAAUAGUUAUCCAUUGGGUCAAAAAAGACAUGAAGUAGUUUCCACGCUGCUUUGGUCGAAGAAUAUAUGUUGUUGAAUACUUUUUUUGUUUUUCAUGUGUAGUUGUUAGAUAUUCAAUGGAAACUAAGUGUUGGCAUGAGUUCUACCAACUGCAAAGGUUUAAAUUCUCCAUUCGUUACUGCCUUGGUCAAAUCAACGGAUUCAUUUGGAAAAGUUUCAAGUAAUUCAUUUGAAAUGACGUUAUCAGAAUUUAAGGUAAGGUCAUGACAAUCAGACGGUCUCCGACCUCCUAUAUAUUAUUGGACUAAAAGCAAUGUGUAUAGCACCUGAGUCGAACCUUUUCUUACGGAUACCUUCCUCCAUAUUCCAUUGGAUUUGCUCAAUACAGUGGGAACUUACACUACCAAAUGGUAACAAUUAUAUGCCAACCGCAGAUAUGUUCGACACCUAAUUUUUAUUUGUUUAUUUAGAAAUUUGCAACUGAAAUGCGAGACAUUUCUACCAUUAUGGAAACUAUGUGAAAAGAGAAUUUACAGCAUGGUCAUACAGUACAUGUAAAUGGUAUAAUCAAUAAUCCCGUACAGCAUGAACAACACAGAGACUUUGUAUUUUUGAUGAGAUUUUAACACAGUUUACGAUUUUGUAGUUUAGAAUUAAGUUGCCUGUGUCAGACUAAAAAUUCUGCUGGAUGUAUUAGCUCCAUACACAUAGUAUAUUUGGAGUAAGAACUCGCGUCCAAAUAGUGAAGCCAAAAAUGUCGGAAAUGCACAUCCAGUGCCUUUCCAUGCUGUGGGUUAAUAUAGGAAGCUGCAAGAAAGUACCGAAAUUUCCUGUUUUGACUUCGAUUGUAAUAAAGAAUAACACGAAACAACAUUCUGGUGCAACAUUUUUGUAUCAAUUUACAAUACUUUACGAACAUUUUAAAAAACAGAUUGAGUUAUUUUCUAGUGCACUGUUUGUUUGAUAUGCAGGGUGCAUAAUUCGCGUAUACCAACGUACCGGAGGUACGCCAAAAUUAUACGGUCUGGUACUUUAUAAUUUGCUAUUCGAGUACUUCCAUUUUCCUUCUAGCAAUUACUAGCAAAUCUUUAAAGGUAUUCAAAACCGUCAAUAACUUUAGCUGGACAUGUAAAUUCCACACAGCAUGUAUCCGACAUAUUUUGGGAUCAAACAAGGUUGUCAACUUUGUUAUAAGUGUUUUUGGCGUCUAUACGUAGGUAGUAGACGCUUCAUAUAUGCUAUCGAUUAGAGAGUAGAGUGGAGGAUUCACUAUAGUUCUCGAAGAUUUCAGAAUUACCUCAAACGUUUAGAUCACAUUGAAUGGUUUACUGCAUGGUCUAAAAGCAAAAACUAUGGACAAUUUUGUAGAAACAAAAUAAUUAUUAAUCUUUAAUGGUAUUUGUACGACAUAACAUAACAAUUUUCAAAACAUUCUUGCUACUCGAGUGCCCAUCGCUCAGUUACACUAGAUUUGACCGAGGGUGCUAACAGCCUGACCUCAUCGAACCAUUUAUGGACAUACUGUAUAGCGUUAACAAGCGUUGUUGGAAAAGUUUUAUUCCUGUUAUUAGCAAUUCAUUAAAAUGUUUAUCAUGAACUAACUAAAUGAAUAAAUGUGGAGAAUUUAAGUUUUAUGUUUGAUAUAUUGCGUAAUA